UAGUCCAACUCUCUGCUUUUCUUUAACCCAUUAACCCACUAAUCAUUUUGAAAUUAUCUCUGAAUGGCUCACAAAAGCAAGAUUUUGAUAAUUGGAGGGACUGGAUACAUUGGAAAAUACAUAGUAGAGGAAAGUGCGAAAUCUGGGCACCCCACUUUUGCAUUGGUCAGAGAGAACACAGCUUCAAAUCCUGAAAAGUCUAAACUCAUUGAGAGCUUCAAGAGCUCUGGAGUGACACUUCUCAAUGGAGACAUCUAUCGUCAUGAGAGCUUGGUGAGGGCAGUAAAGCAAGUCGAUGUAGUUAUCUCUGCAGUUGGAAUACAACAGAUAGCUGAUCAGGUGAAUAUUAUUGCUGCCAUCAAAGAAGCUGGAAAUGUCAAGAGGUUCCUCCCGUCCGAGUUUGGAAGUGCUAUGGAUCGUGCCAAGGCAGUCGAUCCAAUUAAACAUCAUCUCGGGGUCAAGGCUAGCAUCCGAAGAUCCAUCGAGGCCCAAGGAAUUCCAUAUACCUACCUUUUGUCUAAUGGCUUUGCUGGGUACUUUUUGCCCAACUUCGGAAUUGCACGUACUGGUGGCACUGGCAGAUUCACAGCUCCUCCUAGGGACAAAGUAGAAAUAAUUGGAGAUGGAAACACCAAAGUAAUUUUUUCCAAAGAAGAGGAUAUUGCGACUUAUACCAUAAAAGCAGUGGACGAUCCAAGAACCUUGAACAAGGUCCUUCAUAUUAGACCCCCGGCAAAUAUUUUGUCCUUCAAUGAGAUUGUUUCCCUAUGGGAGAAGAAGAUUGGCAAGACCCUUGAAAAAACUUAUCUUCUGGAGGAUCAACUUCUAAAGAAAAUCCAAGAGUCUCCCAGUCCUUUAAACCUCAGACUAUCCAUUAAGCACGCUACAUUUGUGAAGGGAAAUCUUACAAACUCUGAGGUUAAGACUUCUUUUGGCGUGGAGGCUUCAGAGCUUUAUCCAGAGGUGAAAUACUCCACUGCAGAUGAAUACUUGGACCAGUUUGUCUAAUACUUGGAACAUUCCUUUGUUGUAAUGUUUUUACUAUCUUACAAUGUACAAUAAAAAUAAAUAAAAAUAGAGGGAAAUAUCUAUUGCACACACUCACACACACACUGUAGUGUGUGAAAUAGACAUUGCUCAAAAAUAAAAUCUAUGUUGUGUAUGUGGCAUUUGUUACUUGUUAGUUAUGCCCUUGUUUGUGUCAUGUAAACCCUUGGAUUGGAUCCUUAAUUUGUAAAUUUGUUUCCUGGUGAAUAUGUUAGUCAAAUUGUGCUUCUUGUGAAGAAAAUUUUAAAAAUCCUUGUUAUGUGGUUCUUUGUUGUAGAACAUGUUAAGUA